AUGCUGCAGCGCGAUUACGGCGUACAGCUGGCGCAGUGUCGCUUCCUCGUAGCUGACAACUGCGCCGUAAACCGGCGGCUGGCAACUCUUAUGAGUGUGCCGCUUGUUGGUUGCGCAAGCCACCGCCUGAACCUUGCUGUUCAGGCGGACAUGGCGUCGCAUGAGGAGGACCUGGCUGCUGUGCAGGCGCUCAUGGUAAAAUUGCGUACUCUCACCCAAUCUGCCAAACUACGGUUGAAAACGCCACUUCGGCCUGUCAUUCGCCAGGACACGCGCUGGAGCUCUACGUUCGAGAUGGUACGGCGCUACCUCCAGCUCCUCGAGUUUCUUGACGCCGAAGACGACGGCCUCAUGGACCUGCUGCCGCCGCCGGCGAUGAACAAGCGACUGCGGGCAUUGUACCAGGAGCUGUGCGACAUCGAGUCGGUCUCGAAGGCCCUUCGAAGCCGACGUCGACCUGCUGGACGUUCGCGAGUGGUUCGACGAGCUGAUCGCUGUCAAGCCACAAUAUGGGCGCUACAUGGUAAGUUUAUAACUGUUGAAUUUGUGUUCAAUAUUUUCACUAACAAUUGUAUAAUGGUUUUUAUUUUGCAGGGCCUCGGGCCAACAUUGUGCACAACCCAGAUUUGA